UUCCAAAAGCCGAAGUGCGAAAGGGGCCACCUAAAACCAAAAGUAAAACACAAAUAGCAAUGGCAUCUCACAGUCGUAGACAGUGUUAUGAUGAAGAAGAAGAUGCAAUCGCUAAUUACUAAUUAGCAAACGCACUAUCAAGUAUCAACAACCUGAAGUCCUGAACUGUCAACAUACCAUCCCACGUUCUCAACGUCCCUUAUUCCUCCUCGUUUUGAUCGAAUUCUCUCUCUCUCUCUCUCUCUCCAAACUUCAAUUCUUCUCCCUCCCUUAGCUCAAUGCUGCUCCAGAUUUGUGCAGACCAGGGGUGGUGGGGUAAAUCUGUCAGGGUUAUAUGAUUAGAUUACUUGAUUCUUUGGACUAGCUGUGAUAUCAAUGGGGGGUGAAAAGGUGAAUGGAUCAUGGCUCAGUGCUUUCUGGCCAGCCUCCCGCAAGAGUGCAUCAGAGGACAAGGCAGUGGUUGGAAUUUUGGGGUCCGAAGUUGCGGGUUUGAUGUUGAAGGUGGUUAAUCUAUGGCAGUCUUUGAGUGAUGGGGAGGUGAUGAGAAUAAGGGAAGGGAUAAUGAACUCUGUUGGGGUGAAAAUGCUGGUGUCUGAUGACGAUGAUUUCCUAAUGGAACUUUUGUUGAAUGAGGUACUUGAUAACUUCAGAUCGCUUUCCCGGUCUGUGGCCAGGUUGGGUAAGAGAUGUGUGGAUCCUGUGUAUCAUCGAUUUGAACAUUUUGUUUCUAACCCAGCUCAAAAUUAUAUCCAUUGGUCUGGGUGGGAAUAUAAAUGGAAAAAGAUGGAGAGAAAGGUGAAGAAAAUGGAAAAAUUUGUUGCCGCCAUGAUGCUGUAUUCCCAAGAGCUUGAGGUACAGGCAGAGCUUGAACAAACUUUCAGGAGGAUGCAGGCGAAUCCUGAACUGCACAGAGCGAAAUUGCUCGAGUUUCAGAAGAAGGUUGUGUUGCAGCGCCAAGAAGUGAGAAAUCUGAAAGACAUGUCUCUGUGGAAUAGGAGUUAUGAUUAUGUUGUUCGGUUGUUGGCAAGAUCUCUGUUUACAAUAUUGGAGAGGAUCAUACUUAUUUUUGGGAAGCAUCAGCUACCAACUAUUCCACAACAAAAUGAUUCUCCCAAUGGAAACACCAACAAUUUUCUGCGUAGUCACUCCUUUUCUGCUCUUAUGCAUACUUCUGUCCAUCCUUCAGAGAAUGAUCUCUAUGGGUUGAAUUCCGAAGACAUUGUUAGGAGGCCUGCAUCAAACUCGGGCUUCAUAGCUGACAAGAACAGACGAAAAAAGAAGCAGCAUCAGACUCUCAAUCCACCAGCUUUGUGUGGAAAAGACCUACAUCCAGAAAGCAAGCAGUUAGUACAUAUUGGGGCCAUCAGUGGUUGCAUGUCUGUUGCAAACAAUUCUCUUGUCAUACAAAGCUGUUUGGUAAAGAAUGGCGGUUCCAUGAGGUUGACAGGUUUUCAUAUGAAAAAUAUUGAUAAAAUGAAAACAGUGGAAAAAUCCCCACUCUCUAACAGGAUUAGAAUAUAUUCAAAGAUAUUGAUGAACAACCGGUUAAAGCCUGCUCCAUUUAUGCUUGGUGAUGCAGCUUUGGCCCUACAUUACGCAAAUCUGAUUGUAUUGAUUGAGAGGGCAACGUCAUCACCCCAUCCAAUUGAUCACGAAACAAGGGAUGAUCUGUACAGUAUGCUACCGACUACCAUAAGAACCCUUCUGAGAGCUAAGCUUAAGCGUGAUGCGAAAAACAGGCCUUCCUCGUUCUAUGAUGCCAACCUUGCAGCAGAAUGGAGUGUGGUUCUUGCACAAAUAUUGGAGUGGUUGGCUCCACUUGCACAUAACAUGAUAAGGUGGCAUUCUGAGAGAAAUUUCGAGAAGGAGGAUACAACUUUGAAUGCGAAUGUCUUUCUUGUCCAGACUCUACACUUUGCUAAUCAGGCAAAGACUGAAGCUGCCAUUACUGAUCUUCUUGUUGCUCUCAACUAUGUAUGCAGGGUUGAUAAAAAAGCAGAAAAUAGAGAUACAAUGGAGUUUGCUGGCACUAGAUCUUUAAAUGGUGUUUGUUUAAGACAAAAUAGAAUGUACAAUGUUCCUUUAUGAACUUGGACAUUGCCCGUGUCCUGAUGUUGAAUUUCAUCUGCUUUGUAUAGCUGUAUAUCUUAAUCGGAUGCAAUGAUGCAUUACCAAAUAGUAGUGGUAUGUUAAUUCUAUUCGUAGGUUAUAUCUGUACGAACUAAUAUCUCUAAUUUAAGGUACUUACAUUGAUC